GUUGCGUAUAAAAUCACAAAACGUGUCGUCCACCAACUGCGUCUGUAAGAAGUUGCAUAAUCUUGGGGUAUAAUCAAAUUAAGUGAGUAGGAGAGAGUGAAAGCCUUAAUAACAUUACUGAAACCUUAUGAGUAUAAUAUAUAAUGAGGCAGUCGUUAGUAAAAUGCUGCUUCGACCUUUUGGAAUAGGUAAAAUACAUAUCUGAACAUACGAAGUACUCAAGAUGGUUUUCAACUUUCGUGUGUUCAAGAAGCAGUCCCCAAAUGGGAAACUUACUAUGUACCUGGGGAAGCGAGACUUCGUGGACCAUAUUUCUGGAGUAGAGCCGAUUGAUGGAGUAGUUGUUAUCGAUGAUGAUUACAAGGAUCGCAAAGUAUUCGGCCAAAUAGUAUGCAGUUUCCGUUAUGGUCGCGAGGAAGAUGAAGUGAUGGGUUUGAAGUUUCAAAAAGACCUUUAUUUGGCAUCCGAGCAAAUAUUUCCUCCCCCGCAGAAACUCGCUACCACUACUAAGUUGCAGGAGCGGCUAAAAAAGAAACUGGGAGAUAAUUGCUAUCCAUUUACGUUUACUUUGCCGCCCAGUGCUCCAGCUUCAGUUACUUUACAGCCAGGCAAAGAAGAAGAGGGCGAACCCUGUGGAGUCCACUACUUCGUAAAGGUGUUUGUGGGCGAAAAUGAAACUGAUCGUACGCAUAAAAGAGGCAUGGUGUCCAUGGGGAUCAGGAAGGUUCAGUAUGCUCCUUCCAAACAAGGUAGGCAGCCCUGCACUGUUGUCAGAAAGGACUUCAUGCUGAGCCCCGGUGAACUGGAGUUAGAAGUUACACUUGAUAAACAGGUGAGAAAUAUACAAACAGUAUAUCCCAUUGUUGAACAUGUUACCAUUAUUCUAUACAAUUCAAAUAUCAUAGGUACUAUAAAUGGCAACAAUCGCUGCUAGUAUUGUGGAGGAUGAGGUAAAGAGGUCGUCGCACCAUAUUCCACACAUAUUUAAUGAGUGGAAGCUCUGUAGAUCUAGAAGGCUAAGAAGUAUAGGCGGCUGCAGAUAGGUGCUAGGGAGCCGAGGCUGAGAAUUCGGUUACCAUCUUAAGUAGCAUGAUUUUAAGUGCAAUGUUUGCACAUUAUAUAAAACAUCUCUUGCCAAUAUCUAAAGACGACUUAUACUCUUGCUUAUGUGACAAGUGUAUAUAGUAAUAUAUAAUAAUUCCUUCAAAUCAAAUCAUUCUAUUUUCUUUGUCACCGAGUGUAUUAAGGUGGUGUCCCAUUUUAAUCUUCCCAUCUAAAUAUUUCGAAAACUGCUCAUUAUAGAAAACAGUUUCAAACGAAAGUUGUAGGGUUUCAAGGGGGCAAAAUAAUGGAGGCCUUGACUACGACCUUCAAGGGUAUUUCAAGAUCAAGCGAGUCAUUUCCAAAUGACACUCCUUUUUCAUAUCGGAAUUGGAAAGAGGGCCAAAUUUUAGCCCUGACAUCACCUUGAUUAUGACUGACUACUGUCUUCAAGGCCAGUUCAAGGUCAUAUCAAGACUUCGGAAACAAUUUGCUCUAGUGAAAAAUUUCUGAAGCGUAGUUGGGAGGUUUGUGGUAUCAGCCAAAUAUGACCUUGACCAUCAUCUUCAAGGUCAAGACAAAAUUUACAAACCUCUUAUUUUUUUUUACUGAAAACGAAAUAAGCAGGAAAUUUUACGUCCGAAAGUGACCUUGACCUUAAAUAACAUUUAGGUUUGAAAAGACCUUGAUUUUGAAGUCAAGAUCACAUUCGGACGUAAAUUUUUGGCCUUUUUUAUUUCCAGUAUAAAUGCCAUGGUGAAGGAUCACCUUCGGAUUGGAGUAAAUUGUUUUCGAUGCAAUGGUCAAGGGGAUGUUUUGACGUAAAAUUUGCUCUUUUUUUAAAUUCCGAUGUAGCAAAGGAGGGGUUCUAUUUGAAAAUAUUCACUUGAUACUGAAGGUCGCUUUCAAGGUAGAUGUUAAGGUCACCAUCAUUUAGCCCCCUCGAACCCAUACAUGUUUGAAUUUUUUUCUAGAAUGAACAGUUUCCCAAAUAUUUAGGCGGGGGGUUAAAAUGGGACACCUUGUAUAUCCAAAAUUGGCUUUUUGAUAAUAAUCUAGGGCAGCGAGUAAGGUCACGUGUGCCGUUAUAUGUCGCCUCAGUUUGAAUGCAGGGCAUUAUUGUAGAGUUUAUAAAAUAAUCGUACGUACAGUACAAAUUGUUCCGAACUACUAUUUUUCCAGUUAUAUCACCAUGGCGAGAAAAUAGCGGUCAACAUUUGUGUAAGGAACAAUAGCAAUAAAGUAGUGAAAAAGAUAAAAGCAAUGGUACAACAAGGGGUGGAUGUUGUCUUGUUUCAGAAUGGGCAAUACAGGACAUCUGUCGCCAGCAUGGAGACUCAGGAAGGGUGCCCGAUCAAUCCAGGACAAAGUUUGCAAAAAGUUGUUUAUUUAUUGCCACUUCUGUCGUCCAACAAAGAUCGUAGGGGUAUAGCUUUAGAUGGGCAGCUGAAGAAGCAAGAAACUAAUUUGGCAUCAACGACACUAUUGGCAUCAUCAGAACAGCGUGAAGCAUUUGGAAUCAUAGUAUCAUAUGCCAUCAAAGUGAAACUUUACCUAGGAGCUCUUGGUGGAGAGUUGGCCGCAGAGUUACCAUUCGUAUUGAUGCAUCCCAAGCCAAGUGCAAAAAGUAAAGUGAUACAUGCGGACAGCCAAGCUGAUGUUGAAGAUUUCAGACAAGAUACCGUCGACAAUAUGGACCAUGACGGCGAUGCCGAAGCUGAAGAAAUUGAAUAAUCCUUGAAGAUCAUGAACAUACUAAAACCUUUCCAAACAUAUAUUUAUACAUGUAUAUGAGAAAUAUAUUCAAAUAAAUAUCUUAUCUUCUAAUGCUG